CCAACAGACCGACGUCUGCAUCUUGCCGACGGCGACGUCGCGACGAAGUGUGCGUCCUUUAGCUCAGUCUCAAGAGCAUAUUCCGUCAGUGUGGAUGCCUUAAAUUUCUCGUUUUUCUUUUCUUUUUUUGUAACUUCCUGAGCUUUCGUGUGCUUUUUUCUCCCCUCUUUUUCACGCCGUGGACCAUCUUCUAUAUAUUUGUUCUCGUUGGAAUUUAAGAGCUGUGAUAUUUUCGGUAAAAAGCCUACCCUUGGAAUAAUUUAAGCGCAGUCACGACGUCCCACACGAGGAUGGACCGAGAUGACGAUGAUUUCGGCGAGGGUUUCAUUGCAGAAUCACAUCCCCUGAGACCAACUCAUCUUAAUGUUCCUCUGGGAGGUCGAAAUGAAUCUCGAGCACCAAGUAUUAGCAGCAGCGUUAGCGAUAUGGACGUGCCAAUUUAUACCAGAGAAACCACCAUACCACUUUCAGCUAAAAAGGGUCUCAAUGCCAAUUUGAUGUUUGCAAUUGCCGCUGCGGCACUUGGUUCCUCAUUUCAACAUGGUUAUAAUACCGGAGUUAUCGCCAACAGUGGAAAGGUACUGAAGGAAUGGAUCAGCGAUCGAUUAGUUGAACGAAAUGAAAGUCCAGAAUCAUUGACAUUUAUAUUUGCAAUAAUUGUAUCGAUAUUUUGUUUGGGCGGAAUGGUUGGUGGAUGUUCAGUUGGCUAUGUUGCCGAUCGUUUUGGACGUAAAGGUGGAUUACUAUUGAAUAAUAUACUUGUUUUUUUAACAGUAUUAUUCGAAGGCUUGGCAAAACCAACAUCAAGUUAUUAUAUGUUUAUUAUUGGAAGAUUUAUCAUUGGUAUUAAUUCGGGAUUAAAUGCUGGUCUAGCGCCUAUGUAUCUCAGUGAAAUAUCACCAAGUCAUUUGCGCGGUGCAGUUGGUACUAUUUAUCAAUUGAUAAUAACAAUAUCAAUUUUAGUUGCACAAAUAUUGGGUUUAGAUGGACUUUUUGGUACACCAACACAAUGGCCAACACUUUUUUGUCUCACAGCUGUACCUGCAAUUUUUCAACUUGUCACACUUCCAUUUUGUCCCGAGAGUCCAAAAUAUCUUCUUCUCACACGUGGACGGGAUCUUGAUUCACAAAGAGCAAUGUCCUGGCUUCGUGGAUCAAUUGAUGUUCAAGAUGAAAUGGACGAAAUGCGAACGGAAUAUGAAUCGAUGAAACUUGUACCUGCAGUGUCAUUGAAGGAAUUAAUUAUGAAUGCAAGUUUGCGUAUUCCAUUGCAAAUUGCAGUGAUGAUGAUGAUUGCCCAGCAAAUGUCCGGUAUCAAUGCAAUUGUAUUUUUCUCGACGAAAAUUUUCACAAUGGCAGGACUUAAUGACAGUACAUCACAAAUGGCAACCUUGGGUGUUGGCGCUGUUAAUGUAUUUAUGACAAUUGUUUCUCUAUUUCUUGUUGAACGUGCCGGAAGAAAAACAUUGCUCUUGACUGGUUUUGCUGGAAUGACAGUUGUCACCUUCCUUCUUGCAAUUAUGCUUCCUCAUGCCAAAACUUCUGCAUUCGCGACCUAUGGUGCAAUUCUCAUGGUGAUAUUGUUCUUUGUAUUAUUUGCAACUGGACCAGGUAGUAUUCCAUGGUUUUUGGUGACGGAACUUUUUAAUCAAUCGGCACGACCAGUGGCAACAUCGGUGGCAAUUGGCGUUAAUUGGACAGCGAAUUUCUUUGUUAGUUUUGGAUUUGAGCCGAUUGAACAGUCAAUUCAUCAUUAUGUGUUCUACAUUUUUGCUGUUCUUCAGGCACUAUUCACUUUUUAUAUAUUUAAACAAGUACCGGAGACAAGGAACAAGAGUAUCGAGGAAAUUAGCAGUUUAUUCAGACAGAGAUCGUAUCAGUAAAAACGUGAGAAUUGAGACUUUUCAUUCGUUUUGUGGGAGGGAGAAAAGAAAAAAAAGAAAAGAAAACGAAUAGAGUUUUUUACAAAAUUCUCAUUUAUGGUGCUGAAAAAGUUUGCGCAAAGACGCAAAUUAGUUCGAUGAACUUUUUUUUUAAAAAAUGGUCCAUUGAAGAAGGCUGGUUUAAUAUCAUGUUGAGAAAUUGACUUUCUACUUUUUUUUUCUUCUUACAAAUAGUUCCUACUUUUAACUGCAGUGCAAUAACUGUUUUUUUUAAAUGACGAAACUAAUUUUUAAAAUGACAAUAUUCAAAUCUAAAAAUUGACAAUUUAAUUCAAAAAAUAAUUUAACUCUAGUCUUCCUUUAAUGGAUUCAUUUUAUCUUUUUUUAAUUCAAUUAUAUCACCCAGUUAUUAUUUUAAAUCCAAAAUAUUUUAAUUCACAUUUUAUUAUUUUACAUAUCUACAAAUAACUCUUGUUUUCAUUUUUUUAAUUCUUACUCUACCGUCAAAAAAAAAAAAAUUUACUGGCAUUUUUUUUUUAAAUUUCUCUACUAUUUAUUGAGAAUUUUCUUUUUAAUUUUGUCUUGUGAAUUGUAAAUAAUUGUUUUUAAACAAGAUCAAAGUUUUUAAAUUAUAUAGUUUAUGUUUCUUAUAUAUAUAUAAUUAUUUUUUGUAUUAUUUUUUAUGUGCAUAAAAUGUGCCAGUGAUUUUUUUUUCAAAAAAAAAAAGGGGGAGUGUAAAACUUUCUUUUAUAAUCCGUGUCAUAAUAAUUGUAAAUACGUGAGAUGAAGUAAAUAGACUGUAGACGAGUGUAUUGUAUAGAGAAAUAUGUAGCUCUAUUUCUGUACGCGUAGUUAAAUUUUUUAUUUAUAUAUGAGGCAUAAGUAAAAAAAAAAAAAAACAUUAUUUAUAUAAUUAAACUGUUUACGAAUACCAAUUAUGCCUCAGAAAAAAAAAUCGUUUGUGAUUUAUUGUCACGCGAUUUCAAUUUUUUUUUUUUUCAAUUGAUUAACAAAAUACUUUGCAAAAGUGACAGAUCACGAUUAAUUAAUACUCAGAAAAAAAAAUAUGUGUAGUAUUACGAAUUAACAAACAAAAAAGGCGAAUCAGUUUUAUUCGAAUUUAUUUGACAUGAAUGAAUUUUCCGAGAGGGGAAUAUGAAAAAUUUUUUUUUUAACGAAAGGAAACACAAGGAAUUCCGUUUCGCCAAAUACCAUUUUAAUUUUUAAUCACGAAACAAAAUUUUAUUAGUUUUUAAUUAAAUAUUUUAAUAUCAAUUCUUUUGUUUUUAAAACCAAUAUUUUUUUAAUUUAUUAAAUUUUAAAAAAAUCAAGAAAAUGGAGUUUGGCAAUUUUUUUUUUUGUGUAUCUACCUCAGUGAAAAGCAAAUUAUGAAAAAUAUAUAUUCAUAUUCAGUGUGGUUUACUGUAAACAUUGAGAAGAUAUAUUUUCGAGCGUUUAAAUAAAUAAAUAAAAAAUAAACCCCCGAGAAUUCACAGCUUCAUGUUGAAGCAGUGCGAAAAGAUAAUUAUUUUCGAUCGAAUAAAAUGGCUCAAAUGGUGAUAAAUAAUCAAAGUUAAUUUUUAGCAUAAGUUACAUAAAAAAAAAAAAAAACAAGAAUAUUAUCACUUGAUUCGGAUUCGCUGAAUGUAUCGCAUUAAGUAUAUGUAUACAUGUAUCUGAUAAAAAAAAAAUACAAGUGUCCAUUCGAUUAAUUAAAUUCGCAUAAUAUUCAUCGAGUCUCGAACGGAUCGUAUAAAAAAAAAUAAUAAUAAUUGUUUCUCAGUUUGGCUUUGUUUGUCAUUCAAUGAACAUUUUUAUUUUCAAUGAAUACUGGAAAGACUGCUAUAAAGAAACGCCAAUUAAUUUUGGCACGCACGAAUGCUCGAUAUACGUAUAUAUAUUUGCAAAACUGAUGUUAAAAUAUUUUAUACAAGCUCUUUUCUUUUUUCUCAUAUUAAGGGCAUCUUGAAUGAUGUUCUUUUUUUUAUACACAAUGAGAAUACGCAACUUUUGGAAAAAUAUUUUUUCUUCCACACAUAAAAUAACAUUAAAUUUUUUUUUAUUUACCAUAAUUGUAUUUUAUUUAAAAUAAAAUAUUUUUUUACAAAAAAAAUAAAUUAAGAAACUUUUUUUUUGUAAUAAAUAUUAAAAAUCACAAUUAUAUCAACUGAUAAUUUACUAAAAAUAUUUUUUAUGUUAUUGUAUGUGAAAAAAUGUGAUUCAAUUAAUAUGAAUAAUAAUUGAAUAAUUUAUUUAUAAAAUAUUUUUUUUAAAAAGUUGCGAAAAAUUGAGUUUUUGUUUAAAUUAAGAUUGGAUGUAAUUUUUUUUUAAAUUUCUGUAUAUGUUAUAAUCGUUUUGUCGUACCUAUAUAAGUAAAUAAGUUAUUAUUGCAUCACAGUGAUAGCAUUUAGUUGUAGUGUCUUUUAUAUGAGAAAUCCAUUGAUAAUUAUUAAAAAGUUUCCGAAAUAAUCUUGUGCAUAUCCGCUAAAUCGAAUAUAAAUAGUUGUAAAAUCAUAUUUUAAUCCCUAAUAGAGCAAAUUUAAAUCAUUGGAUUUAUAUUAUAUACAUUUCUGACACACGAGAGAUGUGUAUACAAUAAUAAUUAUAAUAAUAAUAAUGAUGAUGAUGAAAAUGAUGUUGAUUUAAUCUUUAGGAUUUGAUAUAUAUAUGUUGUCUGUUGAUGGAUGUUUCGCGAUUGACGAAUCGUCAAAAAUUUGCGAAUUUGUAAUUUGUGCUGCGACUACAUCAUUUUUUUUGAUGCCAAUAUACAGUUGUACAAAUAAAACGAUUGAGAAAUGUAAACACAUAUCUUUUAAUAAAUUCAAAAUCUAAGACAAUAAAACAAUAAUGAUGGUAAAUGAUAAAAGAACAAAGGGAUCGAUUACUCUAAUAUUUUUAAUUUUUCUUUUUUAAAAAAAAUAUUUUAUUUGUUUAAAAUUUUAAUUUAUCAUUUUAUUUAAUUUCAUAUGUAAAAAAAAAAAUUGUACAAUUUAGAGUUGUCGACCCUUGAAAUUUACAUUAAGGAAGAAUCAGAUAAAGGAUUAAAAGAAAUAUAUCAAAAAGUAUUUUUUUUCCUUCUAUUUUAUUCUGUUUUUUGUUUCAUUUUUUUUUCAAUUCUUUUCAUUAGAUUUUCGUUUCUGUUCAUAUUUAUUAAUAAAUUAAAAAUUUAUUUUUUAUUAAUUUAAUUUCAAUUAUUCUUUUUAAAGACUAAAAAAAAACUUCCUGAAUUCUUCCUUAAAAUCUAAAAUUAAAAUAAAAUGUAAAAAUGAAAACUUAAUGUACAAUUUAAAAAAAAAAUUGAGAUCGCAAUUCGUGUAUCUUAAAUUUUAUUUUCUAUAGUAUUUUUUUUUUAUCUUUUUGACCGAUAUAUACAAUGAUAACCAAGGCAGAUCUUAAAGAAACGUAAAAACGUCUUUCCAAAUUUUUUUUUUGUUCAAUUUUAAUUCAGUCCAAAAUCGGACAUUUUUUUUUUACAUUAUUCGGAAUGACUCGAUAUUUUCUAGAUCCAGGUACGCAGAGAAUUUUUUUUUUUUUUUCGGUGAAUGAGACAAUAAGAUAUACAAAUAAUUUACAGACAAUUACUAUUUAUAAUGAUUUGGAAAUAGGUCACUGGACGGUUAAUUAAAUUAUAAUAUUUUAUGAAGACGGGCGUGAAUUAUUUUUGUUUUCUUGUCUUCCUUCAAUAAAAAUUUCAAUGUUAAAUCAUUGAAAAUUAAAAAGUGCGAAAUUAAAAAAAAAUGGAAGAGGAAGACGGGAA